UAAGCGACUCAGAGUUCAUCACGACGGUCGUCAGGUGGUUGAUGUGAUCUGCCACGCUGACACUCUGGUGUAACUAUCAGCGCCUGUGGAUGGUUUGAGAGUUGGGACAGUUUGACAGUCAGACAUCACAGAUUCUGGCCAAUAUUUACCAAAGCAGGUUAGUGAUUAACCGUCCUCAGCUGCAGCAGCUGCACAAAGUCCCAGCAGUCAGAGAGCGAGCGGCUCGUCACUCUGUCCGCCUCACAAUGCUGUGCGUCCGGGCAUGGAGGGGUCUGCGCCCCCUGAUCAGAGGAGCCCACUCACCAGCGUGCACGCAAACCCGGAGCUACACAGCAGCUGCCAGGCUGGACAUCGGCGGGAUUUACCCGCCCAUCGCCACCCCGUUUACCGCCAAGGAGGACGUGGACUACCACAAACUGGAGGAGAACCUGCAGAAAUAUGCUAAGAUACCGUUCAGAGGUCUGGUGGUUCAGGGCUCCAACGGCGAGUAUCCGUACCUGACGGAGGAGGAGCGGGUGGAGGUGGUGAGGACGGUCAGGCGAUCUCUGCCGGCGGACAAACUGCUGAUGGCCGGAUCGGGCUGCGAAUCCACGCGAGCCACAGUUCAGCUGACGGAGAAGAUGGCGGCGGCCGGAGCCGACGCCGUCCUUGUGGUGACACCCUGCUUCUAUAAAGGCAAAAUGGACAGCCGCGCUCUGAUAAAUCACUUCACAGAGGUGGCGGACCGCAGCCCGGUGCCGGUGGUUCUGUACAGCGUGCCGGCCAACACGGGCCUGGAGGUGCCGCUGGACGCCGUGCUGCAGCUGUCACAGCACCCAAACAUCCUGGGCCUUAAGGACAGUGGAGGAGACAUCACGCGGAUCGGCCUGAUCGUUCACAAAACCAAAACGCAGGAUUUCCAGGUGUUGGCGGGCUCAGCGGGGUUUCUCAUGGCCGCCUAUUGUGUUGGUGCCGUCGGUGGAGUGUGCGCGCUGGCGAACGUGUUGGGCCGCGAGCUGUGUGAGCUGGAGCGUCUGUGCGCGUCCGGUCGCUGGGAGGAAGCCAGAGUCCUGCAGCGGCGUCUCAUCGAGCCCAACGCCGCCGUGACCAGGAAGCUGGGAGUUCCCGCCCUAAAGCAGGCGAUGGAGUGGUUUGGGUUCCACGGCGGCGCCUGUCGAUCACCUCUUCAGCCACUCACGGAGGCCGAGACUCAGCAGCUGAGACGGGACUUCUCCUCCAACGGCUGGCUGUGAGGUGACCCGGCCACAGGGUGUGUGUGUGUGUGUGUGUGUGUGUGUGUGUGUGUUCACUUUACCUGCAAAGCUUUUACCUGUCAGUCCUGUCGGCUCUGUGGCUCGGAGGGGGAACGCGGCACAUACGUUUGUUUGUCUCAGCAGAGUUUAAUUCUACCACGUUAACGUGAUCUAAAAAUCUGUCAGGACAUAAUAUUUUUGUGAAAUUAUAAUAAAGUAAUAAAACUUC